CAGCAAUACCUCGAUCGUGCUCCCAACCGGCUGUAGCACAUACGGCUCGCCGACAAUGGUUACUUGCUCUUAACAGUCGCCUCUAUCGACAUCACAGCAUCAUGUCUUUUGUCGCCGCAGAAUCCCCGCCGAUCCACAUCAAAAGUUCACCCGGCAGCACGAGUGGAACCGAAGGUAGCAACUCCGAUUCUGAUUCCGAUGGAUCUGACAUUGGCGAUAUCCCAUACUUUCUUCCUGACACCGACAUUACCGCCCCAAGUAACAACCUGAGCGUGGACAAUUUCGACCAGGAUAUACUUGCCCAAUUCCUGGGUGACGAUGGCGAUUCACAGGAUCCGGUGAACGACACAGUCGAUGAACCAGAUUACUUGAUCAGAAGCGACAUUGAAGAUCCAAACGAGAUCAACAUCGAUGUUGUGCGGGAUAUACUCUCGCAAAUGCCCUCCAAUCUCGCUAAAAAUGGGGCGACGACGGCAAUGCUCGGGAUGCAGCCCCUACGAUCAUGCGUCAUCCAUCCCGUCUGGAAAAGUCGAAAGAUUAUCUGGAAGCGACUUGACAACGUCGAGGCAGUUCUAAUGCAAAUUGUUGGGACUGAAAACCCAAUAGCCUGCAAGCGGUGUACAGACAACAGAGGACCUUUCGUCGGCUGGUAUUCGGUUCCAGGUGUUCACAAUGGCGGCUGUGGAUGCUGCAAGUACAAUGCACAAACGGCAAAGUGCAGUUUGUACAAAGGAUCGAAGCGCCCAAGACGAACUUCGCAACGGCCACUUAAAAGGCGAAAGCGCGGCAACGAAGCGUCCAACACUAGAGAUGCCGGCCCUUCUGUACCUGCUGCGCAGCCUCUAGCUAUACAGAAUAGGAAUCCAGUAUCGCUAUCGCCAGCAUACCUUGUACAGCCGGCACCGCAACAGCGCGUUCUUCAGGUUCCUAUUCCCGCAGAGCUCGGUUGGGAAGAUGCAAUGACGCUUCGCCGCGCGUUGCAAGAGAUGGCAGAGCAGCUUGUCUUUUCUCCGCAGGGCAACAAAGUGGUUCGCAGGGUUUUGCGGGAGUUCUCGGGAGCUUUGGAGGACUUUGCAAGCGAGGAGCAAGAGUAAACCCGAGUUACACGUUUUCUUCUUUGCUCGAGCAUGAAACUAGUUCUUCUUGCUUUGCUCCAACCUCCAACCUAGAGGUUGUUUUCCUUGCUACGGAGUACAUGAGGCUGGGACUUUCUUUUGUUUUUGAAUUUACUACAAGCCUCAUAUUAUGGCUAAAUGGAGCGAGGCGCUGGGCAUAAAGGAUUGGUUGCUUCACAUACUAUUGGAGAUACCCUGGUUAUUUUUCUUACACAUUGCCGGGAGGCCGGAUAGCUUCGGAUGACUUGGUACAAAGUAGAUUAUCAUCGGAUAGCAUCAGCUUGGCAAAUGAACUUGCGAUCAAUUCAAAACGAUUGCCUACCUAUUUUCCAGCAAGGUUUCAAUGAAUCAGUUUC